AUGGGGGAAACUGUACCAGAAGAUGGCGAAAUUGAAACUAACUAUCAUGAAACUGUGGAAAACUUUGAUCAACUAGGCUUGCGGGACGAAGUUUUACGUGGGAUUUACCAAUAUGGCUUUGAGCGUCCUUCUGCUAUCCAGCAGCGUGCGAUUUUACCUUGCCUGCAGGGUAGAGAUGUAAUUGCUCAAGCUCAGUCGGGGACGGGUAAAACAGCCACGUUUACUAUCAGUAUUUUACAAAAACUGGACGUUAGUUUGCCAAGGUGUCAAGCUCUCGUUCUGGCGCCAACAAGAGAAUUGGCAAAACAAAUCCAAUCGGUUAUCCAAAAGAUUGGUUACUUAUUGAAUGUGAAGUGUUACGCCUGUAUUGGUGGCACGCGCCUGCAACAAGACUUUCAAGUUCUUCCGGAAGGGCAGCAUGUCGUAGUUGGAACGCCUGGUCGUGUGUUCGAUAUGAUGGAUCGCCAGGUUCUAUCCACGGACUAUAUUAAAAUAUUUGUCCUAGACGAAGCCGAUGAGAUGCUCUCACGCGGUUUCGAAACUCAAAUCAAAAAUAUUUUCAGUUUUCUACCAGAGUCGGCGCAGAUAAUUCUUCUCUCGGCCACUAUGCCGCCAGAGAUAUUUGAAAUAACAAAGCAAAUGAUUAAGGAUCCGGUGAAAAUUCUCGUUAAAAAGGAGGAGCUCACAUUGGAUGGAAUUCGUCAGUUCUACAUUCAAGUGAAGUUGGAGGAUUACAAGUUGCCGACUUUGUUGGAUUUGUACACCGUUUUGGAUCUUGGUCAGGUUGUAAUCUUCGUGAACACCGUAAAGAAAGCUAUAAACCUCAAAGAGGAGCUCGUGCGUAGAGACUUCAAAGUGUCGUGUAUUCACAGUGAUCUGACGCAAGAGCAACGUGAUGCCAUAAUGAGCGAUUUUCGCAGUGGAAGUUCAAGAGUGCUUUUGAGUACGGACAUUUUGGCUCGAGGCAUCGACGUUCAACAGGUUUCUCUUGUUCUGAACUACGACCUCCCGAGUCGUCGUGAAGUGUACAUCCAUAGAAUUGGUCGCAGUGGUCGUUUCGGACGUAAAGGCGUGGCUAUCAAUUUUGUUACGGAAGAGGACGUUCCGUUGCUGGAUCAGUUAAUGAACUAUUAUCAUACUCAGAUACUGGAAAUGCCGGACAAUAUUAUGGAUCUUCUGUAA